UUUUAAAUGAAAUUUAUUUUUAUCUUGUUAUAUAAUAUAAAAUUUUCAAUUAUGGAAAGAUCUCUCUCAAAAUAUUUUAAUAAUAUAGAAAUAGAGUAUGUAAACCCUGAUUUUUACUAUAACAAUAUACAAUAUUCGGAGAAUUGCCAUGCCUUAAUGGUUAAUUACAAAAUAUCCUUAUUAUCCAUCUAUAAUUGCAUCAUAAAAUAUUCUCAACCUAUACAUUAUUGCCAAAAGUGUAUAGAUACCUAUAUAUUGUAUAAUGAGUCAUAUGAAAAAUUAUUGAAUAGUGAUAAACAUAUAAAUUUGACACGAUUAAAUACAAAUAAUACAUUUUUAUAUAAUUGCCCUCAGGAAAUUUUAGAAAAUGAUGUAGUUCAACCAUUAUUGAAAAGUUAUACCUUUAUAAAUGACCUUUGGACAUCAGCAUAUUGCUCUGAUUGUUUUGUAUUUUAUAAUGAUAACCAAACAGGAAUAUCAAUAAAUUAUGCAAUAACAAAUUUUACUCAGAAUUUUUAUCAAUAUUAUCAAAAUUUUCUUGAUUGUGAAGUAGAUUACACAGCUAUAAAUAAAAUUAAUGAAACUAACUUUUCUAUAUGUAAUUAUUGUCGUGAAUCAUAUUCCUUGCUCAAUACAUUUUACAUUACUCGUGGAGAUGAUAAUUCGAAGAAUACUGCAGUGCCUAAAGAUGUUUGCAUCGACAUAAUGGAUUUGAUGAAUAAAACCUAUGAAAAGUGGAAAAAUAAGUAUGGUUGCAGUAAUUUCGCGAUAGUGAACAUUCCAUUGAUAACAAUUCAAGCUUUCAUCUUGGCGUUGCCUAUAUUUUUCUAUGUUGGGGCCUUUAUCCAUACCUCUAGGAAGGAAAAGAUCUUUGUUAUUCCAAGAAGAUUUAGUGAUUAUUUUACUUCAUCAUCUGUUCCCGAAGUUGAAGAUAUCCAAACAGAAUGGGAUAAAGAGAAUAUCAUCAUAUAUAAUUGAAAUAUUUUAUAACAUUGUUUACAAUAUCAAUUGUUUAAAUAUAUUAUAAAUUUAUUUAUAGUAUUUAUAUUUACAAAUAACAUAAUUUGUUAUCUUAUAACAAUUUUAUCUUAUUUUUUAAAAAGUAAAUUAUAAACUGAUUAGGACUGGA